UAGGUACUUACUCGUAGUUUUCAAAACGAUUGUACGACUCGGUGCAAGUUAUUAACUAUUGCUUAUUGCUCGUAUUUCCGCGAUACUCUGCAAAUUUGAAAUUUUUAUUCGGAAAUGAGGAUUUUAUGGCAGGAGUUGAAGAAAAUCGUGAGACAGUCGCUCGGAACAGAAAAUAUGUUUGGUUACAGAAGUACGGUGGCGAAUCAGCUCUACUUACUGUAUUGUUUUAGCGGUCACAUCUAUUUCACAGAUAAGGUUGAUAAACGAGUGAAAUAUUUUUGGUACAGUUUGGUUUCCAGUCAACUUAUACUUUCGUGGGUACUUGGUUGGUCAUAUUUAUGGUACGAUGAUAAAAACGAUCUCGUGCUUAUGCUGAAUAUGGCUACGUCGAUUGGUUGCGUUCAUAUGGAAAUGUUGGGAUUUCCUUUCAUUUUGCAUUUGUUCGGCGAUCGUAUCGAAGCGAUGAUCGAGUGCGUCGAUCGUCUCAUGAACAUCAAGCUUCAAACUACUGUUCUCAACGAUGUCAAGAAAUAUUUCUCGUUUUUUUUCAUACCCCUCUUCGUAUGUACCUUGGUGUUUUUAUCGGCCAGUUUUCUCGAUGUGAUAUUAUUUUUUGAGCAGGAUAAAGUGAGCAAUUACGUUUACUACGCGUUUCCUCCUCCAUUGGUUCAAAAGUACAGCAGCUUUGCGUCGUUCAUGAUGGCAACUUGUGUCACGGACAUUUUAUUUGUCGUUGAAAUACUCGAGGUCUCGUUGGUUCUCGCUCUGAUGUUGUACUGGAGCAUUAUAUGCUGUGGUCAAAUGAUCAGUAUCAAGGACGGUUUGGAAUCCAGAACUCGUGAUUUGAAUCUGUACAGUGACGCCGAACUUGCGCUCUUACCGGAGUGGAGAAGAAUUAUCGAAUGUACAUUGAAACGGGCUAUCAGAGAAUUUCAAAUAGCUACUCGAUUGAUGAAAUACAUGAGAGGGUGUGUCGAAUCAAUCGGUACCAUAUAUAUCAUCGCUACUUUUUGUUAUGGCGUUGCCCUACUGUAUGCCUGCUUAUCGGUAAGUAAUUUAUGACAUUUUUAAAGUACGUAUUUCAUAUUUGAUCCUUUGGAACUGAGAAUAGCCUUUGUUCAUAGCUUGCAGGUGUUUUGUUUUAUUAUUGUAAUCAUUCUCCCCUCAUUCUUGAGAGAUUUUUUUUUUUUGUUUUGAAGUGAUUCUUACUCAGAACCGAUGAUUAAAAUACCAUUUUUCAUCGGAAAUGUAGCGACAGAAAAAACAAAGGGGGCCAAUGGUUCCCGAGAUAGCGCGAUUGAAUUGAAAAAAAUUGACGAAUUGGGUUAAAAUUCUGGUUUAUGGUGUACGUACUUUGGUGUGUUUCGUAAUGGGGAGGGCCACGAAAAAAAUCUGAGGAUUUUGACCAAGUUCAACAGAGACUGUCAUUUUACGUUGAAAAGGUUACUCAACAAAAUCGUCAACUUGGGAGGCGUGUCUAGGGAUAGGAGAUAGAGGUCCUCAAAAAAAUCUAUCCAUCAAAGUCUAAGACGUACUGAGCGGAAGAAAAUUUGUAAAUCGCUCAUUUUCGGAAGUUUUUCGUGUUUUAAAAUUUUUUUCUUCACAAAUAUUU